CUCAACGUGUUGGCAGAAAAUUUGUGGAUUUAUCGGGGUUGUUUUUGCUAAAUAACGCAAGCAAACUGAACAACGAGACUAACGUGCGUUUAGCGAGUUGGCGAUUAUUAGAAGAAUUUCUUCACUGUGUGGGUUUAUUGUCGCAUCCGGGACCGGAAAAGAGCAGUUUACCCCUCCGGACAGCUGGUCUGCGAUCCCCGCCUCUCCGCCCCCCUCCAUUUGCGCUUGAAGUUGAGUGAGCCAGCUGAGAUGAGCGGUCCAGAGGUGGCUAAGACACCAGGAGGCGGUGCUCCAGAAAAAGAAGGGAAAGAGCCGGUUGCCAAUGGGCAUGGGGGAGAGAACAAUGACGCCAACCCGUUUGCCGAGUACAUGUGGAUGGAGAAUGAGGAGGAGUACAACAGACAGGUAGAGGAGGAACUGUUGGAGCAGGAGUUCUUGGAGCGCUGCUUCCAGGAAAUGCUGGAGGAGGAGGACCAGGAUUGGUUCAUCCCUUCGCGUGACCUCAACAACCAGGGGGUGGGGCAGCUGCAGCAGCAGCUCAACGGCCUGUCGGUCAGCGAUCACCACAGCAACGUGGAGGAAGUGGCGAGGAAGAGCAUCUUGAAUCCUGAAGCAAAGGAAUUUGUCCCAGGGAAGAAAUACUAGAAGUCCCCCUCACCCCCAUGGAGCCUCCACAUGCACACACACACACACCAGUCCUCUCAUAUUCUCAGAGACUCUGGCGGCCACGGCCGCGCACACACUGAUUCUCACACGCAAGCAUGCACACGCACACACUUGAAGUCAGUGGCGUGCUGGCAGGCCCAGUUGGGGGGUGGGGGGAUUUCUUUAUCUUUUUUGUUUUGUCAAUCUUUUUAUUUCCUGUUUGUUUUCUUGUAAACUGAGGGACAUUGGGGAUGGGUGGGGGAGGGGGGGUAUAGUACCAGCUCUGCCCUGCUGUGGGCGCUAGCUUAUCAUUGCAAUUCACAUGACACUGUUGAUGUUUACAGAGCACGCAGAUCUCAGUAAGAGUCCCUUGAAAAUUAGGCAGCUACCUAGGAGUGAUGCCUGGAUGAAAUCUGAAUUCCAAAAGUUUCAAGUCUUCUUUCUUUUUGUUUCCCAAAUGUGUUAAUUUGUGUCUAAUUUGGGGGGGGGGGCAUUUCCAGCAGGCUGAUGGUUACUGUGAUGCUGAGGUCAGACGGACUAACGUUUCAGGGGACUCUGGGCUUCUGCUGUUGCUCUGUAAAGUCAUCACGGUAACCCGUUAACAUUUGCUCGGAUGAUGUCAAAAGCUCCCUCUGACGUCACGACUCAUGUGCAUCCAACGAUGUGGGAUGGUUAUUUGUAUCUGCAGUGGCUCUGUUCCAAACCAAGUACAGCUCCUCCGCCCCUCCCUGCCAGCUGAACUGAUCUGAACACUCAUGGACAGGUGGACUCAUGGAGAAGAACGUAUUUUCCCAGUUUGUGUUAACGUGCUUAUUUUUCAUCAAGUAUCCUGAUCAUGCAUCAGAAUGAGUUGAAUAAAAAUGUGAGAAGUUAUUUUUUUCUUUUGUUUUUUUUUUUAAUCCUUAAACUCAGUUUAUCGUGUGUGUUCACAGCUUUAGUCCUCGGUUCAGUUUGGAUUUGUGGGGCGUUUGUACUCCUUAUUGGGGUGGUGGUGGGGGGGGUGGUAUUUGGUCUGGAAUGCAGCCACUGCCUCUUUCUGCCAGCUUGGUUUGUUCAGGAUCAGAUCAAGUGUCCAUAUCCAAAUCAGGUUUUCAGAUAACCUCUCCUCUUUAUUUUUUCUUCCCCGUUGUUUUUCUUCCAUGUUUUUGAGGAUGAGGCUUUUUGUGUCUCUACUGGGUAUAAUAGCCUGUGGUGUCCAUUCAGUCCUGUUGGUAGGAGGAAACAGUAGGAAGAGGUGAUCGUAUCACCGUAGGGACAGCAGUGUGGAGGAUGUGGUGGUCAGUAUUCAAUCCUUGCUGCUGCUGUUCUUGUCCUACCCCUGGACACUGAGUUUUUGAGGAAGUUCUGCUUUAAAACAACAAAUCUUUGAAUCUUUGUGGUCUAGAUUUCAAAGCGUGUCUCCCUAGCGGGAGUAUAUCCAUUAAAAUUGUGAGCCAGUAAGAAAAAAGUUGUAUAUGCAAUGAUACUCUUUAGGAAAUCCAGAUUCUUAUCUGACUUAUUUUUUGAAAUCUCAGCCUUUUUGGCUUGAAAACGGAAGCAGUAUUGUCCCAGGAAAAAUCUUGUGAUCUCUUGUGUGUUUUACUUCAUGUUAAGCAGAGACUUGUGUUUCUUUCUACAUUGUAUUUGACAGGUAGUGCUUCUGUCCACUCGCGCUGCUUUCCCAGGUUUGUGUGUUCUUAAAGAGAGCAGCCGAGAUGAAGUCUCAGUUUAAAGGGGAACUUCCUCACCGUGUUGGACCACAGAUGUCAAGUCGAAUGACACCCUGGUGAAGCCAUUAGAAAUGUCCGCCAGGUGGAUUGUACAACAUGAAAUCAUUUUUGGUGAUUUUUUGUUUGAGUUAGCUGACAGAAGCAGUUUAAAAAAAACAAAAAAA